UUAUAUUUGAAUAUUUUUAUUCUUACUAGUGACAAAUUCACCAUAUUGUGUCCUUGGCUUGUUAGAAAGUGAUUGGACAAUCCUAUUGUUCGGUCAACCUAAUCAGUUUGCUCGGGCUAGGCUCAAGUUAGUUGAGCAACAACGUAUACUGUCGAUGUUGCUCUCAACGUGAAAAAAAUGCAAUGGAGUUUGACAAAAUAAAAUUGACUUUCUGAUUAAUAUUGAUAAUUUGGAGAAAUUAUAGAUACAAUUUUGGGCCACCAAAAAAUAGUGAUGAUAGUUGCUAUUUAUUAAUCAAAUUGUUCACCACUUCAAAUUUAAUCAUACACUGCAAAUAUCUUGUAACAUGGAAGCCUUUAGUGGUCGUAAUAGCUUCUAUAAGUUCAUAUAUAAUUAGACUGGUUGCAUGUAAAUGGAUGUGUUUAUUGUGAUCGGAAAGCACCAACAGAUCCAUAAAUAGAAUGGAUGUUGGGGGGCCAACUGAGUGGCUACCCAAUAAGGUGUUGCCCACCUCUUCAUUUCAUUUGCACGGUCUCCUGUUCAUUAAAGGAAGGACGAGGAGAAAGUUGUACCAGCUAGUUUGGUCCCGCGUUGGCUGGCUCUGUCGGUUCAAUCCAAGAAGAAAUUUGAAAUCAAAUGUUCAUGAUGUUCAUUAUGACUCUGGGUUGAGAUAUUGGUGCUCUCUGUCCUCUUAUAAAUAAAUCUAUUAGUGGUAUUAAGCAAGGAAGAUGGAAGGUGGUCCUCACCAGGCAGACUCUACUGAAUUUAAGGAGUGCCUUCGCUUGAGUUUUACGAGGCCAUACAUCUUGCAACUGGCACUGUCAGCUGGUAUUGGUGGUUUUCUUUUCGGCUAUGAUACCGGUGUCAUAUCUGGUGCACUUCUUUAUAUUCGCGAUGACUUUAAGCAAGUUGAGAGAAGCACUGUUCUCCAGGAAACUAUUGUCAGUAUGGCUGUUGCUGGUGCAAUCAUUGGCGCUGCAUUUGGUGGAUGGAUGAAUGACAAACUCGGAAGAAGGAUAUCAAUUCUUUUUGCUGAUAUUUUGUUCUUUGUUGGAGCUAUAAUAAUGGCAGUUGCUCCUAUUCCUGGAAUUAUAAUCCUUGGAAGAAUUUUUGUUGGCCUUGGAGUUGGUAUGGCUUCAAUGACGGCACCACUGUACAUUUCUGAAGCUUCUCCUCACAAAAUCAGAGGAGCUCUAGUUAGCUUAAAUGGUUUACUAAUCACAGGAGGGCAGUUCCUCGCUUAUCUUAUUAAUCUUGCUUUCACCAGGGUUCCUGGGACGUGGCGGUGGAUGCUUGGAAUUGCUGGACUUCCUGCUUUAAUCCAAUUUCUUCUCAUGUUGGUGCUUCCUGAAUCUCCUAGAUGGUUGUAUAGGAAGGAUAGGAAGAAAAGUGCUGAAACAAUUUUGAAGAGAAUCUACUCUGCAGAGGAGGUUCCAAGGGAGCUCGAACUUUUGCGCCAAUCUGUCGAAUCUGAAAUUGCUGAGGAAGGUGCCGUCGGUGAAUACAGUCUAUUUGGUAAAGUGAGAAAGGCAUGGACAACAAGAAUGGUUCGUAGGGGUCUUGUUGCUGGCAUUCUCUGUCAAGUGGCUCAACAAUUUUGUGGUAUCAAUACAGUAAUGUAUUAUGCUCCUACUAUUGUUCAAUUAGCAGGCUAUGCUUCAAAUUCAACUGCUUUGGCGCUCUCUCUUAUCACUUCUGGUCUUAAUGCUGUUGGUUCCAUUGUAAGCAUGUAUUUCGUCGAUCGAUCUGGUAGAAGAAGACUAAUGCUCUUCAGCUUAUGUGGAAUCAUCAUCUGGUUGGCUGUCUUGAGCGGUGUUUUCUAUGCUGCUUCUGUGAAAUCUCCUGAUGUUGGUUUAAUGGAGACUCAACAUUUUAGCAAUUUGACUUGCUCUGCUUAUAAUCCAGCUUCAGGCAAUCAAUGGAGCUGCACAGAUUGCUUGAAGGCUCAGUGCUCAUUCUGUUCUAAUGGACACAAUAAGCUUCUAGCUGGUGCUUGCUUGGCCAACCCUGAAGCGAAUGAACCCAUGAAACAAGCCUGCCAAAGUGAACACAGAAACUGGUACACUCAAGGUUGUCCGAGCAACUUUGGCUGGAUUGCGCUCAUCAGUCUUGCUGCUUACAUCAUUUCUUACUCUCCCGGCAUGGGAACAGCCCCCUGGAUUGUCAAUUCUGAGAUAUAUCCCUUAAGGUUCAGAGGUCUUUGUGGAGGAAUGGCUGCUGUUGCAAACUGGAUUUCGAACCUGAUCGUUACACAAACUUUCUUGAGUCUGACAAAGGCGAUUGGAACGGCCAACACAUUCGUGUUGUUUGCCUGUUAUUCAUUCGUCGCUCUAAUCCUCAUCUUCUUUCUGGUGCCAGAAACAAAAGGUUUGCCAUUUGAGGAGGUUGAGGUAAUGUUGAGUGAUGAUGACUAUAAAGCCUGGAAGUCAAGAGCAGUUCAUAAGCACGCGCACUUGCAAAAUCCGUAAGAGUAUUUCAUGAGUUACAUAUGUUUCUGUUAUUAUAAUCUGAAAUCUUAUAGUUAAUUAGCUAAGUUGUUAGUUAUUUAUUGCUCAUGACAAUAACAUGAAUAAUAAGCAAGAAAAGUCACAUAUGGUUUUCAU